GCAGAAGACGGAAGGAGGGAGGAAGGUAGGCGAUAACGAUUGUGCUUGGAGAGGGUUGGAAUAGGGCUUUCACGGAAGCUGGGCCUUGAGGGAGGCGAGUAAGCGCGAAGAACAGGCUGUUCAUGGCAAGCUCAAGAUUAGCGCCGAUGGCUGCCGCCAUGGCUUCCCGAAAUUUUGACAUGAAGAACGCGUUUAUGCGUCUGGUGGGCAGAAAACCGGAACUCCGGCGAAUGCCGGCUAUCGUUCAGCUUAUAGAAAGAACCGAUCCGGUAGAAGAUGAGGAGCAUGUGUUGGCUCUGGCACAGUUCAUGCUGGUCAAGCCUGGGAUAACGCUUGCUGCUGGAACCUGCUUCCGGCCUAUGCUUCUCCACCUUGUGGAGAGGCAUGUUCAAGCUUUGAAGUGUGGGUCAACAAGUUUGUUUGAGAAGUAUCGGUCACAGGAGAGGAAUGUUAAGGGAGGGCACAGCUCACACAGCCGAAAUACGGACUUUGAAAAUACAUCAGUUGCAUUGAGCUUUUUGCUUUGCUUGUGUCCGCAGCUGCUAGGGACGGUCCUACGGUACUUCUCAUUUGCACCUUCGCCUUUUGAAUGUCUUGUAUCCGGGGGUGUUACAAGUCAUUCUCAUGAAAAGGACGGUGUAUCGCUUCUAGAGAUUGCACGAGCCACAUAUCGGUACAUGAAGUUCAAACCAGCUGCAUUUCGCGACCUUUGGAACUGGAGUCCCUUCUUCGAUCUCCUUCUCUGGCACAGUCCCACCCAUGGAGGUGGCCACCGUAUGAGCCCUGACGAUGCAACAGAUAUGGAUGAAGGUGGUGGAGGACCGUCCGAUGUCCGAUGGUGUGCUGCCCGCACAAUCGGGCUGCUUUUUCAUAUUGGUGAUUCUGGCCUGAGGAAACUAUUUUGUUCUUCGGGAGACUUAUCUCAGGGCGAAGAGCUGCAAUGUGCGAUGCGAUGGGAGUCGAUUGAAAAGGAAAUUGCUGUCGAGAGAGCAGCCAUGUUCCUUUAUCCCUUUCAGAGUUUACAGGCCGAAGAUUCUUCAACUACUCAGAGCAUCGUAGGAUGUGAAGGCGUGAUAUCUGCAGGGUUGGCUCGUCAUGGGAAGAGGAAAUGCAUUGGCAAAGGCGCUUUUGUUAAUAUCUGCGGAAUCGACCUUCCAGCUAAGGAUGCUGGUGCCAGUCAGGCAAGUCCAGAGGCUCUGAAGGGAAGGACAUUGGUGCUGACUAAGACAACUGUAAAGAAUUUGGAGGCUCUGGUGCUUGGGCUGUGUCAGCGACGACCGAUUCUCUUGGAAGGCCCUCCAGGUGUAGGGAAGUCUGUGUUGAUUGAUGAGGUGGCACGAAUCACCGGAAAUCAUGAUAUCAUCAAGGUCCAUCUCGAUGAUCAGAUGGAUAGCAAAACCCUUUUAGGGAGUUAUGUCUGCACGGAAGUCCCAGGAGAGUUCAAGUGGCAAGCAGGUGCACUUACUCAGGCUGUCUCUAAAGGCAUCUGGAUUGUCUUUGAAAAUAUUGACAUGGCACCAUUUGAGAUUCUGUCCGCGUUGAUCCCUCUCCUCGAAGAUAGGAAGCUCUACAUCCCUGGAAGGGGCGAGGUCAUUGAAGCUGCACACAAUUUCCAGAUUCUGGCAUCCGUCACACGGUCAGGGCAUGGCACAAUGUCGGAGUCUGGAGCACGUUCAAAGGAAAUCCUGGACAAUCUGUGGAUGAAAGUCACCAUUGAUGAGGUUCCAGGUGAAGAGCUGGCAGCUGUGCUCCAAGCUCUUUUUCGAAUACCACGGCCUGUGGUGUUGAAGAUGAUAGGGACAUUUGAUAUGAUGAGAAAAGUGUCUGGGAAGAGUGCGGUGCUGGCACUGGGCUCAACAGAGGCUGCAUUUCACAUUAGUCGACAGUUCUCAACAAGGGAUCUUGUGAAGUGGUGUCAACGAGCAGCUGACCUUGCAGAGGGAGCGUUUUCUGGCCCAAGCCUACCUCCGCAUGUGCGAGAGCAUUUUUUUCUGGAGUGCGUAAAUUGCUUUGUGGAUAUGAUUCCAAAGAUCAAUGAGAGAGCGUGUUUCAUGAAGGCAAUUGCUGAGGAGUGGGGCGUGGCUGCAGAUCGGGUCGACUACUACCUUAACAUGCACAAGCCAGCAGUUCAGGCUGUUGCAAACUCUCUUCAUGUUGGGAGAGGCCACAUUCAAGCCAGAGAUAGUAAGAGACGCGUGAAGAGUGCAGCACAGUUGGUUUCAUCUGCACGUUUUGCCCGAACUGGACAUGUUAUGAGACUCAUGGAGAAGAUUGUGAGGUGUAUAGAGCACAGCGAACCUGUUCUUCUUGUCGGAGAGACUGGGACUGGCAAGACAGCAGUGGUGCAAUAUCUUGCACGGCAGUUGGACAUGCCACUUACAGUUCUGAACAUGAGUCAACAAUCUGACAGCGCAGAUUUCCUUGGGGGGUUCAAGCCUGUGGAAACACGUGCCAUAUGCCUCCCUCUCUUCGAUGUCUUCAGUCGGAUUUUCCGCUCUACAUUUCCAACUCAGCAAAAUAGGGAAUUCCUAUCAAGGGUGCAGAAGUUGGCAGAAAAACGCAAGUGGGCUCAGCUGCUGCAGGCUUUCAGGAUGGCCGUCGGAAGGGUCUCAAAACUUUUUGGAAGACCCUUAACCUUGGAAUUUGACGAGGACGAGUCUGUGGAAAGAAGCCCCAAGAGGAAACGACCUCUGGAUGAUAAGGUCCUGGAGGAGUGGCGGGCAUUUGCGGCUGAUCUUGCAAAGGCAGAGCGACAGGUUGAGGCUGCACAAAGUGCAUUCGCAUUUGCAUUUGUCGAAGGAGCACUUGUAAAGGCGUUGCGACUUGGCCACUGGUUACUUCUGGAUGAGGUCAAUCUUGCUCCAGCAGAGACACUGGAGAGGCUGAGUGGGGUGCUUGAAGCAACAGAUGUCGGAAAGCGUGACCUUCCUGCCCCUUUGAAGAAUCGCUUCACAGAGCUCUAUGUGGAUGAGCUGACAAACAGGGAAGAUCUGAGAACUGUCGUCUUGCAGUAUCUCGAGGGACAGGUUCCGAAGCCACCUGUGGAUGAUGUUGUCAACUUUUACCUUACGGCUCGGCAGGAAGCUGAGGGACGACUGCUUGACAGUGCCAACCAGAGACCAGAGUACAGUCUGAGGACACUCUGCCGUGCUUUGGAAUAUGUCUGUGCUGCUCUUCCAGUCUAUGGAUUCCAGAGGGCACUCUAUGAUGGCUUCUGCAUGUCGUUUCUCACUCUGCUUGAGCGUCAAAGUGCACCAGUUAUGGAGCGCCUAAUUUUUCAGUUUCUUCUCAGGAGCCCAACCAAACCAUCUGAUUCCGUGAUGAAAUCACUGCUUCGCCCUCCUCAGCAGCCCAGCCCAAACCAUAUCCUGUUCGAGCAGUUCUGGGUCGAAGGUGGGGCCGCUGAACCAUCAGCACAGUCUUUGGAAUCAGCAAAUCGCUAUGUUCUAACGAAGAGUGUGCGAGAACAUCUGAAGAAUCUUGCCAGGGCAGUUCUUGUCCGGAAGUAUCCAAUUCUUCUACAGGGCCCCACCUCAAGUGGGAAAACCAGCUUGGUAGAGUACCUUGCAACAAAGACAGGCCAUCGUUUUGUGCGCAUCAACAACCAUGAGCACACAGACAUUCAGGAAUACCUUGGGAGUUAUGUCACAGAUUCAUCCGGCAAGUUGGUUUUUCAGGAAGGUGUUUUGGUGGAAGCAGUUCGGAAAGGUUACUGGAUUGUCCUGGAUGAGCUGAACCUGGCUCCAUCGGAUGUGCUCGAGGCACUCAACCGCCUCUUGGAUGACAAUCGGGAGCUGUUUGUGCCUGAGCUUCAGAUGACCAUAAAACCUCACCCUCACUUCAUGUUGUUUGCAACACAAAACCCACCAGGGAUCUAUGGAGGUCGAAAGGUCCUUUCCCGCGCUUUCCGUAAUCGGUUUAUGGAGUUGCAUAUUGAUGACAUUCCAGACGAAGAGCUUGUUGUCAUAUUGGAGAAGCGUUGUCUGAUUCCUCCAAGCUACGCAGCCAAAAUGGUGGAAGUAAUGAAGGAUCUUCAGAGGCAUCGGCAGAGUAGCCAAGUGUUUGCAGGCAAACAUGGGUUCAUCACUCCCAGGGAUCUCUUCCGAUGGGCGGAAAGGCAUGCAAAUGGUUACCGGCCAGUUAGGGACAGAGAGAGAAUCCGGUUGAGGUUUGUGGCAGCUGUAUCCGAGGUCCAAGGCAAACACUUGCCAAGUUUGAGUGAAGUUGAGUUGAACAGUGAGAUCCAGGAGGGAGCAUCAGUCGUAGCUGCCAUCCAGACAGUAAUAUCUGACAUGCGUGCAAAGCAAGAAAGGAGGGAGGGUCCCUGGGCAGAAAAGGCUCGUAAGAAGGUCACUGGGUCGCAAACACUCAAAGCUGCAGAAGAAGAAUUGGAAGCUCUGGAGGCAGUUGCUGCUGAGCUUCAGUCUUUGCACGCCGAGUGGCAGGCAUUGUUUACCUGGCAUGAUGGCCCUCUGGUGCGUGCAAUGAGGAAUGGUGAUAUGAUUCUCAUUGAUGAGAUUUCACUAGCAGAAGACAGUGUUCUUGAACGGCUCAACAGCUUGCUUGAACCAAAGAGGCUUUUGGUCCUUGCCGAGAGAGGUGGGCAGGUGGUUGAGGAGAUUGUGGCGCAUCCAAAUUUCAGGCUAAUGGCAACUAUGAACCCUGGUGGAGAUUUCGGAAAGAAGGAGCUUUCACCUGCUCUCCGGAAUCGUUUCACAGAGGUCUGGGUUCCUGCAAUUGCUGAUGUGGAGGACCUUCGGAGCAUCGUCAUUGACAGGUUUGGGAGCGAGAACCUAUACAUACUAGCCGAGCCUCUGUUGGACUUCUGGCAGUGGUUCCAUCAUUUGCAGGGAGGCGGGAAAGCACUUUCUGUGCGAGAUAUUCUUGCGUGGGUGACGUACAUAAAUGUUGCAGCCCUGACAAUUGGCAGAGCAGCAGCAUAUGUUCAUGGGGCGUGCUUGGUUCUCCUUGAUGGAAUCGGUUUAGGGAUGGGAGUGUCAGAGGAAGUUGCCCAACAGCUGCGUAAAGAAUGCUAUGUCUAUCUCCUUCGUCGACUUCCAGAGGAAAUUCGCAAUGAAAUGGAUCCAUCCUGUGUUCCUUCAACAGAGACAGGAUUGUUCUCGUCAUCUGGAGUCACUAACGAUGAUGCAAUGGAAGUCCAGCAUGAUGAUGCAUUGGAAGCUUCGUGUUCGACUGUGACCGGUGUUGGAAAAUGUCCAGAGGGAAUGUUUGGCAUUGCCCCUUUUUAUAUUGGCAGAGGUGCACACUCGACCCAAGGUGCCCGCUUUGAACUUGGAGCACCAACAACAAGCAGAAAUGCGCUCCGUGUGCUUCGUGCAAUGCAGCUCCGUAAGCCUGUUCUGCUAGAAGGAAGUCCUGGUGUUGGGAAGACCAGCCUCAUCUCUGCCAUUGCAACUGCCUCGGGCCAUCGUCUUGUGCGAAUUAACUUGUCAGAGCAAACUGACAUGAUGGAUUUACUUGGCUCUGAUCUGCCGUCUGAAGGGGGUCAAGGUGGACAGUUUCAAUGGUCAGAUGGUGUCUUUCUUCAGGCUCUCAAAGCUGGUGACUGGGUGCUGCUAGACGAGCUGAAUCUCGCAUCUCAGUCAAUACUCGAGGGUUUAAAUGCUUGCCUGGAUCAUCGUGCUGAAGUCUUCAUCCCGGAACUGAAUCAGACAUUUAAGUAGGAAUACACCUUUGUCAUAACAUGUAUUAUACACCUUGUAUGUGCAGGUUU